GGAAAGAAGAGGAAAACUAUAUAAUAAACCCUUUUUCCCCACCCCGCCAAUCGCCACCACAACUCCCAAGCUAAACCCUGCUGUCUCUUCCUCUUACUCUCUCAGCCGUUGCGAGAUCGGUUUCACUGAACGACUCUGUCGUCGUCUGCGGAUUACCGCCUUUGUUGCGGUCCAGAUACGCUUGAUUUUGUCUAUUUGGCAGGUCGAUCGGAUCGAUCGGUUUUGAUAGUGUUGCACCAUGUCGAAUUUCACGAAACCGGAGAACGCGUUGAAGCGCGCUGAAGAGCUGAUAAGUCUUGGACAGAAGCAAGAGGCUCUUCAGACUCUUCACAGCCUGAUUACCUCGAAAAGGUAUCGAGCAUGGGAGAAGUCGCUCGAGCAAAUCAUGUUUAAAUAUGUCGAGCUGUGCGUCGAGAUGAGAAGAUGGAGAUUCGCCAAGGAUGGACUGAUGCAGUAUCGCAUAGUGUGUCAGCAUGUGAAUGUGAGUUCCUUGGAGAAGGUGAUCAAGCACUUUAUGCAUCUCUCAGCCGAGAAAGCUGAGCAGGCUCGAACGCAAGCACAAGCGCUGGAAGAAGCUCUUGAUGUUGACGAUCUCGAAGCUGAUAAAAGACCAGAAGACCUGAUGCUUAGCUAUGUCAGUGGGGAAAAGGAGAAGGAAAGGUCUGACCGCGAGCUUGUUACCCCUUGGUUCAAGUUCCUGUGGGAGGCCUAUACAACUGUGCUGGAAGUCGUGAAGAACAACUCAAACUUGGAGGCACUAUAUGCGAUGACUGUACGUAGAGCCUUCCAAUUCUGCAAACAAUACAAACGAAUUACUGAGUUUAGGCGCCUGUGUGAAGUUAUUAGAAAUCAUCGUGCCAACCUUCACCCUGAAAGCUUGAAGAUGAAUCUCAAUAUAAGAUUUGAGCAGCUCAAGGUUGCCACUGAGCUUCAGCUCUGGAAGGAAGCAUUUCGCUGUGUGGAAGAUAUUCACGGCUUGAUGUGCAUGGUGGAGAAGACUCCCAAGGCGUGGGUUGUGUACUAUGCUAAACUGACUGAGAUCUUUUGGAUCUCUUCAAGCUAUCUUGAUCAUGCAUAUGCAUGGCUCAAGAUUUUCACCCUCCAUCAGAGCUUCUACGAGAACUUAGGCAAGAAGAACUAUCAGAUGAUUGCUUCGGCUGUUGUUUUGGCAGCUUUAGCAGUGCCUCCAUAUGACACUCGCCGUGCAUCUCAUGUGGAAAAUGAAACCGAGAAGCUUUCAAGGGCGGCUCUUCUGUCUGAACUGGUGUCCAAUGGUGUGCUGGGCUGUGCGACUCAAGAGGUGCAGGAUAUUUAUCAUCUUCUAGAAGAUGAGUUCCUCCCCGUUGAUCUUGGUGCAAAGUUACAGCCUUUGCUAUCCAGAAUCUCUGGACUUGGGCUAAAGCUUGCUUCAACUGCUUCUAUGCAAGAGUAUAAGCUAUCCCAAUACAUCCCUGCCCUUGAAAAGCUUGCUACUCUCAGAUUGCUCCGACAGGUCUCUCAAGUGUAUAACACAAUGAGGAUUGAGAACUUAUCCCGUAUGAUCCCCUUCUUUGGUUUCGAUGUUGUGGAGAGAAUUGCAGUUGAUGCAGUGAAACACGAGUUCAUUGCCAUGAAAGUGGAUCAUAUGAAUAGUGUUGUCAUGUUCGAAGAUGUGGAUGAUCUUUCACAGGAACGAGAGCAAGAGUCGAAAAGAUUGUCCAAACAGAAUAUAACAGAAGAACAAGAGCAAAAGAGGCUUGCAGCGGAGCAUGAACGCCUGAGGAAGCAGAGGAUUCUUGGGGAGAUUGAGGAGUGCAAACUUGAAGAGGCACAGGCGUUGCUUGAUCAAACUGAGAAGCAUAGUAAGAGGCAGGAAAUGGUGAAGAAACUGCAUAAGCUUGCCAAAACAAUGGAUUAUCUGGAGCGGGCUAAGAGAGAAGAAGCAGCUCCAUUGAUUGAAGCCACCUUCCAGCAACAGCUUGUCGAAGAGAAGGCCCUACACGAACGCGAACAACAGCUGGAGGUCGAACUGAGCAGGCAGCGCCACGCUGGAGACCUCAAGGAGAGGAAUAGGCUGUCCCCCAUGAUUGAUAAUAAGAUGAGUUUCCAUGAGAGAGUGAUCGCCCGUCGACAAGCAGAGUUUGAGCAAAGGCAAGCUGCGAGGAUCAAUCAGAUAAUUCAGACUAGGAGACAGGACAGGGAGAUCCAAAGGAAGAAGAUAUUCUACGUCAAAACUGAGCAGGAGAGGCUCGCUAGAGUCAAAGAGGAAGGUAAAAUACAAGAAGCUGAGUGCGAGGCAAAGCUGGGCGAAACAGCAGAGAAGCAUGGGUUCCCUACUGCUGCUGCACCCCAGAGAUACGUCCCGAGGCACCGUCGUGGUUGAACCACCCGGUACUCUGACGACCUCAAUCUCGUUGCUCCACGGCCUAGGCUCCUUACGGCGCGGAACCUCCGGCGAGUGGCGUCCAUCGAGCUCCCCUCCAGUCACCUUCUGCAGGCCCUUUCCGGUGUCAGAUCCGAUGAGGUCAAUUCAACAAUCCGCCGGCUAACAGCGUUAAAUGGGGAGAAAGGCAGCAACCCCGAUCCGGUGAAUAUAUAUGACGACUCUACUUUUCGAGCUGGUGCUGAAUUCGGCGAUGAGGACAAUGGUAGGCAAGCGAUAUUACGGCGACGAGAGCGUGGUGGAUUUUGA